AACAUUUAAACUUCAUGACACGCGCCCACUUUCUUCGAUUGGACGGUUACUAACUUUUCACGUCUGGUUCUCGGGUUAUUCCACGAAGUGUGUGCACACUGUCUUAUAGCUCUGUCAAGUGUGCCUUGGUCAAGAACAGUCGUGCACCAGCCCUUCAUACUGUAGAACUGUCAGUGCUAACUUCAGAACUCAUCAGGACUCCGCAGAGUACACAUCGUCUCCACCAUGAAGUGCUUUUCUUGGUGGUCUUUAGGCCUUUUAGUGUUCACUAUAUGGUCUGUUGAACAAUGUUUUGGACAAUUUUUCGGUGACCACAGAUGGACGUCGGGCUAUAAGCAUCGGAAAUCUGGCUUCAAAAAACACCACGAAUCGAAUAUUGACAAAUAUCUGCGGAAAGCUAGGAAUGUUAGGCAUUACUAUGUUGCUGCCAUUGAAGUGGAUUGGGAUUAUGCUCCCGGAGGUAAUUUGCUGGGACCCAGAGCAGAAGAACUGUCCAAAAGAUACUUUUCUUUGAGCCGAGAUCCACUUAGGUUAGGAAAAGUUUACAAGAAGGCCAUCUUCAGAGAAUUCACUGAUGAGACGUACACCGUGAUGAAGGCCAGAGAGCCUUGGCAAGGAAUCCUGGGACCCACUAUCCAGGGAGAAGUAGGAGAUAUGGCCAUUGUCCACUUUUACAACAAUGCCUCCAUGUUGCUGUCUAUGCAUCCUCACGGAAGCAGAUACAUUAAAGUGCACGAAGGAGCUUUGUACGAAGACAACACCGAAGAAUGGGAAAAGGUUGACGAUCGAGUGCCACCUGGUGGACGACAUUCCUACCAUUGGUUUUUCAUUCCUGAAGAUGGUCCAACUCCAACUGAUCCAGACUGUCUGACUUGGAUGUACCACUCUCACAGAAAUGCAGAUACUGAUAUUCACGCCGGAUUGUUGGGACCACUCAUCGUAUGCAGACCUGGUACUCUCGAUGUUUAUGACAGACCAAGGAAUGUAGAUAGGAGUUUCAUCCUCGUGUUCAUGAUUUUCGAUGAAAAUGACAGCUUGUAUAUCGAUGAAAAUAUCGAUAGGAUUGCACCUCAUCUCUCUGAACAACAAAGAGAAGAAAUCAAAAGAGAUAUCAACUUCAGACGUUCCAACAUGAUGUUUUCCGUCAACGGCCUUAGCUUUGGAAAUCUUCGAGGCCUGGACAUGUGCUUGGGUGACAAAGUUGGUUGGCAUAUCGUUGGCAUGGGUAAUGAAGUGGAUGUCCACAGUAUCAGUUUCGAAUCUCAAGUUUUCACUAUCAACGGAAUGACAACGGAUAUCAUCAGCGUUUUCCCAGCUAAGUUCACAACAAGUCUGAUGAUUGCUAGCCGCGAAGGAACUUUCCCUUUUAGAUGUGAAGUUGGCCUUCAUGGCAUAGCUGGUAUGGAGUCUACAUUUUCCAUUACUCGAUGCCCACACUCUCCCCCCGUCCAGCCACAUCUCAACGGCAAAGUCAGAGAAUAUUUCAUUGCAGCCGAAGAAGUGGAAUGGGAUUAUGCCCCAUCAGGAAUUAAUCAGUUCAACGGAUUACCUCUAGUAGAAGAUAAAAUGGCGGCCGUUUUCUUUGAACGUAACGACACAAGAAUAGGCGGAACUUACCGGAAAGUGGUUUACAGAGAAUACAAGGACUCAUCGUUCUCACUGAAAAAAAUCCGAGGACGCGACGAGGCCCAUCUGGCCCUGCUCGGACCCACCCUCAGGGGUGAGGUCGGAGAUACGGUCAAGGUGGUUUUCUUGAACAAAGCCACCAAGCCUUACAACUUGCACACGCACGGAGCUUACUACGAACCAGAUAACACUGUGAUCGAACCUGGCAUGUCCCGAACUUACCACUGGGUUAUUGCUGAACAAUACGGACCCACUCCUACAGAUCCUGAAUGUCUCACCUGGCGAUACUAUUCCAGUGUAGAUGUCGAACGUGAUAUGUGGGAUGGACUUAGCGGUAAUCUUCUCACAUGCAGACCAGGUACACUGGAUAGAUAUGGACGACAGAAAUACGUCGAUCAUGAAUUUGCUCUGCUGUUCUCUGUUAUGGAUGAAAGUCAGUCACAUUAUCUUCGAGAAAAUAUCUUGGAAUACACUUACCGUCCAGAUUUGGUUAAUACCACAGAUCCUAUGUUCAUCGAAUCCAACCAGAUGCAUUCAAUCAACGGACGAGUGUUUGGCAACUUGGAAGGCUUGAACGUCUGUUUAGGAGACAAAGUCAGCUGGCACAUAGCAACUUAUGGUAAGGCAAUUGAUAUCCACACACCUUACUUCCACGGAAAUACCUUCCAGAUCAGCGGUAGAUUCAGAGAUACUAUCAAUGUUGCUCCCAGUACCCAUUAUACUGUAGUUAUGCACGCUGAUAAUCCAGGAACUUGGGCUUUGGACUGUAGAGUAAAUAACCAUUUUGCUGGUGGCAUGAGAGCCAUCUACAGAGUUGAAGACUGCCAUGGUAGCAAAUCCCUCAUCCCACAACCGCUGUUGUACAAUCCAAAGAAAGUUCGAGAAUAUUUCAUUGGUGCCAUUGAAGUGGAGUGGGACUAUGCUCCUAUCAAUAGGCACAUUAUUGAUGGUUCAGAUCUGAUGGAAAAUGAAGAAAGUCGUGUAUUUGUCGCCAAUGGUCCAGAUCGAAUUGGUCGUAUAUACAAGAAGGUUGUCUACAGAGAGUUCACUGAUUCCUCAUUCACUCACUUGAAGCCCAGAGGAAGAGACGAACAGCAUUUGGAAAUUUUGGGACCUUUCAUCAGGGCUGAAGUUGGCGAGAUGAUUCGAGUUGUCUUCAAGAACAUGGCCAGCCGACCUUACAACAUUCAUCCUCACGGAGUCCUUCUCUCGAAAUUCAAUGUAUACGACGAUGCUGUUGGAGAAGACGAAGAACCUGUUGCUCCUGGCGAUACACAUAUCUAUGAAUGGCCUGUACCAGAAAGAGCAGGUCCCGGAAGAAAUGGAUUCAACUGCAGCUCAUGGGCAUAUUAUUCAACUGUGGAUCCAGUGAAAGAUACCAACUCUGGUUUGAUUGGACCUUUGAUAACAUGCAAGCCUGGAACAUUGACCAGCAAAGGACGUAGAAGAGAUAUGGAUCAUGAAUUCGCUGUACUGUUCACAAUUUUCGAUGAAAACAGAAGCUGGUAUAUUAAAGAGAAUACUUACACAUAUGCUCAAAGGCCAGAAACCGUAAACCCACUCGACCCUGGAUUCAUCUUGAGUAACAGAAUGCACGCUGUCAAUGGAAAAAUCUACGGUUCUUUGGAAGGACUUGUUGCCAAGCGAAACACCUUGGCCGCCUGGUACAUGAUAGGCAUGGGUACCGAAGUGGACAUGCACACUGCCCACUUCCACGGACAGACUUUCCUCAGGCGGACGGACAGUACUCGGCGAUCUGAUGUAGUCUAUCUCUUCCCUGGAAUCUUCGAAACCGUGGAGAUGAUCAUGGACAACCCCGGCACGUGGUUCCUCCAUUGUCACGUUGACGAUCACAUGCGAGCAGGAAUGGCAGCUACUUACACAGUAGAGCGCUGAUGAUUGCCAUUAGUUGAAUACGUAAAUUAACUGUACAGAAAUUAAAUUAAGACAAUAACCAAAUUAUAGACUGGAAUACACAAACUUGUUGAGGAUUUUAUAAUAAAAGUGUGGGAGCGUUUGCAUUAACUUCUUUUUUUGUGUGGAAUACUUUUAAUGUGCCUGAUGAAUUGUGAAGUCUUACGAUUUGAUUGAGAUUAACUUCCUGAACUUUGAGAUUAACUAUUUUCAACCUAGCAAUUAACUAAGCCAUCGUCAGAUAGAUAGCUACAGAUGAUAUAUUGAUGAUUUCUUUUAUUUGUUAGCUUUUAUUUUAGUUUUAAUCGUAAUCAUUCUACAAAUAAAACCUCAUAAAUUAUUGCAUACCAUGAAGUAACAAAUAAAAAUCAUGCUUUAGAAUUAAUAUUUAUUUAAAAAUAAUUAUUUAAUUUUAUUUUAUUCUAAAUGUUAUUAUAUAAUCUCGCUUUACGCCAAUGUUUGAUUUUGCCAAAUGGAAUUGAUUCUUUAAAGAACUCAGCCUUACAUAACAAUACACGAAAUAAGUUUUAAGCUCAGGUACACAUUUUUCAUCGAGUACAAAGUUGUAUAUUAAUAAUAAAGUAUAUAAAUUCCUCCUACAAUUGAACGCUUGAGAAAAUAUAUUUUUAUAAACAAGUAUUUUAUUGUACUUUUUCUUCUCUAAUCUCAAAUAACAAUACUUAUAAAAAAAAUUAUGUUUUGCAUAUAAUCGAAUUUAUAUAACUUUUAAAAGAAAUUUUUAAUUUGUUUGCAAUUAAAAGUAAAUUAAAUUUGGAAUAAAGUGAGGAAUUAGAAAAUGCAUGAGUUUUUUUUAUUAUUAAUUAAAGUUUUAUUUAAUUUGCAAUUAUUUAAAAACAAGACUAUUAAAUGAACUCAAUAUAGUAUACAAACUUCAGUGUUUUAAACAUUCAUAAUCAUAUUUAUUUUAUUUGGAUUGUUGGUUGUUUUAAUUUUGGCCUUCCACAUGCGCAGAAAUGAAUUAUAUUGAUUUUAAUUUAAUGUUUGAUUUAUUUUAAUUUUUCAAAAAUACUCGCUUAGCAUCUGUUUUAAUGUAGCCACAUUUGGGCAUUACGGGAUUGUAAAAAUACGAUUAUAAAAAUUAAAAAUUAUGCAAAUGCGAUAUAUGCAGCUUUUUAUAUAUUUAUUUUUUUUCUUUCAGAACGUGCCAAACAAUUAAAUUUAUUCCGAGUUUAAUAAUAUUAUAUCAACAAAUAUAUAUAAAAAAUUAAAUAGUGGUUUAUUUUUCAUAACAAAAAGCUCAAAGCUCUGUUUUGAAUUUUUGAAUACAUGUCGCAUGGCUUACGUUUCCUAGUUACGUCAUCUUAGUAUUUUUAUUUUAUGUACAUUUUAAUAAGUAAAAUGUUGUUUAUGAGAACAACUAUAUUUUUGUGUAAAAAUGAGAACGUAAUGUUUAUUUAUAUUUUAGUAUAAAUGCUGUGACUGUUUAUAUUUAAUGUUUAUGUGAUUUUAUUCCUUUAGUCCAGUAUUAAAAUAAAAUUUUCUCAGUGAGAGAAAUUUGCUGGACUUUAGAGAAUAAAACUACAUUCCUAUAUACUUUGUAUUUGUAACUUACUCCAUUUGGUAUUAUUUCUAAAUGAUGAAAUGUUAUCAGAGAAUUAAUAAACAUAUGACUCUACGAA